UCGAGGGAAGGACCUUGAAGCAUCUCCAUAAAGGAAGGGAUUGUACCUCUCGAGCUUUUCGUGCCUUCUCAUUCUCAACUUAAACGUCGUCUUAAGGACCCGCGCCAUCAUGGUCCUCUCUCGUUCUUUGAACUGCCUCGCGGUUCUGACUGUCAUUACCUCUGUUCUUGCCACACCUGCUUCAUACGAGAAGCGAGAUGUCGAUAUCACAGUCCUCGAAGACUACGACUACAUCGUUGUAGGAUCAGGGGCUGGCGGAGGACCACUUGCCGCUAGACUAGCAAUCUACGGUCAAAAGGUCCUCCUGCUCGAAGCCGGUGAUGAUGAAGGCACUACUCCUUACGAGUCGAUCCCCGCACUCUAUCCCGCUGCGAGCGAAUAUGCGCCAAUGUCUUGGGACUUCUUCUCCCGACACUAUCCCAACGAUACCCGAGAGGGACUGAACUUGAAGGCCACAUACGAAACUCCAGAAGGGACGACAUACAUCGGGUUGGAUCCUCCAGCAGGUUCUACUUUGAAGGGUAUCUGGUAUCCACGAGCAGCAACCCUGGGUGGAUGCGCUACCCACAAUGCCAUGAUCACAAUGUAUCCGUUUGAAGAAGAUUGGUCCCUCAUCCAGAACCUCACUGGAGAUGCUUCCUGGGCCCCCGAAAAUAUGGUACAAUACUGGCAACGCAUCGAACGAAACGAGUACCUCCUCAACACAACGAACGCCACAGCUCUCGGUCAUGGAUUCGACGGUUGGCUAGGCACAUCUGAAAUGCCUCUCAGUCUUGUAGAGGCCGAUCCACAAAUGCUAGCUAUGCUCAAUGCGACUAAUACUGUCAUCAAUGGGCCACCAGUGUCUGAUCUCAGUGACGAGAGCCAAUUGGAGUCAAUCUUUCCUCUCGACAUGAACACUCUCUAUCCUGAUCGGGAUGCAACUCAAUCUCUCUACCGCUUACCAGCAGCAGUGUCUGAUGGCGUACGAAGCAGCCCGCGCAACUUUCUUCUUGCAACUGCUAAUGCGACAUUUGCAGAUGGAACCAGAAUGUACCACUUGGACAUUCGUACUCAUGCCCUCGUAACAAAGAUCCGAUUCAGCGAAUUUACAUCUGGUGAUGAGCCAAGGGCAAUUGGAGUUGAUUUUCUCGACGGAGAGAGCCUUUACUCAGCAGACCCACGCUCAGGCAACUCUACUGGUACUCCCGGUGCUGUCAAUGCAACCAAAGAGGUCAUCAUCUCGGCAGGCACAUUCAACACGCCUCAGCUUCUCAAGCUGAGCGGUGUUGGUCCUCGUGACGAACUUGAGAGCUUCAACAUUUCUGUGGUUGCCGACCUCCCAGGAGUGGGCGCAAAUCUGUUGGACCACUACGAGAUCAGUACAGUUGUAGAGUUCAACACAAGCUUCGCCCUUCUAGAGGAUUGCACCUGGCUCUCUACAGCUGACGACCCAUGUUACAUCCAAUACACCACCAAUGCCACCGACAGAGGACCAUAUGCUACGACGCUUGUUCCCGCGGCCGCUCUCCUGAAAUCCUCCAUUGCAGCUGGCAGGCGAGAUACAUUCGUUUUUGGCGGACCUUUCAACUUCCGCGGAUACUUCCAGGGUUAUGCCGAGCUCGCGGUCGCUGAUACCUUCCAUUGGACUUGGUCUAUCCUCAAAGCGCACGAGAACGACUUUGCCGGUACCGUGACGCUCAAGUCUACCAACCCCCUCGAUACACCUAACAUCGACUUCAACUUCUUCGAUGCGGGCACCACGGCCGGUGGAGCAGAUGAGCUGGAUAUUCGACCACUCGUUGAAGCCAUCCAAUGGACCCGCGAUAUCUACGGUAACCUAUCAUCCACCUACCAAGAUUUCGUCGAGGAUCAACCUGGUGCAAGUGUCACAAGCACAGACGAGAUCAAGGACUACAUCAAGAACCAAGCAUGGGGUCAUCAUGCCAUGGGUACCGCGCGCAUGAAAAACUCCAGCGAUCCGACGGCGGUUGUUGACUCGCACUUCCGAGUUUGGGGGAUCCAGGGGUUGAGGAUUGUUGAUGCUUCGAUCUUUCCUCAGAUGCCGGGCUUCUUCCCGAUUACUUCGGUGUAUAUGAUUGGGGAGAAGGCAGCGGAUGUUAUUGUGGCGGAUAAUGCGUGAUGUGUGAUGCGUGAUGGGGGUUCCUUUUCA